AUGUCCGGGCAAGGAGGGUCGCUGAACCCCUUCGACGACGACGAUGGCGAUUCUACCACGGCGCCAGUGAGUGCAGCCGGCUGUCCUGCCAAUCCGUUCGAUGAUGAUGACUUGGAGUUCGCCGUGGUACCACCCGAGGUCCCCCUCCCUGAAUCUCCCACCACUCGUCCUUCCUACUCCUCCUCUCAUUCUGCUCCCAACCCCUUCGACGACGACGACGACGGCAGCAGCUCGCCCCCGCCGCGAGGUGCCUCCGGUGCUCCGAGCAAAAUCAACCCUUCUUCUUCUUCUUCAUCUUUCCACGCUCCCAAUGGGAGAAAAACCUCUGCUCCCGCUGCACUGGCUUCGUCGUCUUCUUCUUCAUCGCCACCGACAUCUUCCUCCUCGUCGUCGUCCUCGGCUCCCAAGUCGGGAAGCCUGUCCUCGUUCUUCUCCGCGCUGAGCGCCAGGCGGCCCAGCAGCGGCAGCAGCGCCGCCGCGCCCACCGGCUCCGGCGGUGCUCCGCUUUCCGCUCCCGUGCCCCUGCGCAGCACCUCCGACUUCCUGCCUUCGUUCUCUUCCGCUCUCUCGUUGUCUUCUUCCCCCACCACCACCACAACCACGACCUCGACCGCUGCUGCCGCCGCCGCCGCCGCCGCCGGCAGCAAUGGAAGUACCACGUCGAUGCUUUCACGAUCGUCUUCGUCGCUGUCGGUCUCUCCGUCGGCCCUCAACUUCUUUUCGUCAUCGCCGCACGCGUCAUCAUUCUCCUCUCCGUCCUCCUACCAAGAGACGAUGGAGGAAGAGGCCGAGGCCGAGGCCGAGGCAACAACACAUGCCGAUGACGGCGACAGUGAUGAAGACGGCGAAGCUGAUGAGGCGGAGGCCCGGUUCAACAUAGUCGCACGACAGCGGUCUCCCCCAUCUCCACAGACGCGUCGCGAGCAAGCGGCUGCGCAGGUUCGGGCCAUCGUCAACCACGGUGAGUACAGCCUGCACUCCUUCCGAUCGCUCGGUGACAAGAAGACAUUGCUCGACGCGGCGUCUGCGUCCAUGAACGGCAACGCGAUGAUGACCGUCAUCCUCUUCCUGAAGGACACCCUCAGUUCGAACAAUUUCCGCGCAUUGAUCGCCGCCCACCGUGAGGCGUCCAACCUCUACUUGAGGCAUCUCCGAGACGAGGGAAACCACGUCGACCGCGUGCUGAUGUACCACGCACAGGGCGACCACAGGCGAGAGGGCCUGGCCCGUCUGGCACUGUGCUAUCAAGUGGCCGAUGUGCCGAAGCGUUUGGCUGCGUUCCAGGACUGCCUGCAGUACUUCCAGCGGCUGCACUCCCGACUCUUCGAGUUCGAGAGCAAGCAGCUGGAAGACCAGAUCAAGCUCCUCGAAAUCCAAAUCAACAUGGAGAGGGUGGAUGCCGCGCGUGCGGCCAAGGGCGAGCCGCUCUUCGUCUCGUUCCCCCGAUCGCCGAUUGUGUACAGCGGGCUGGGCGCCACGCUGUACUACUCGGUGUUCUACCACUCCUACGCGACGCAGGGCAAAGCCAAGGAGAUCGCCUUCCUCCCGGCCAACAUGCGCAAGACCUUCCGCAUCGGCGAGAAGCGGUUCUUCUGGGUCAAGCUGCGCGCCCUGUGCUGCCAGAAGCAGUGGGCGGCCGUCAAGCAGCUCCCCACCACGGCGCUCUUUUCGUCGAAGCCAACGUCACCAAUAGGCUUCGGGCCAUUUGUCGACGCGAUUCACACGUUCGGCGGUCCCACCAUGCUGCUGCGCGAGUUCCUGGUGCUGAUCAAGUCGCCGACGAAGCGCUACCGCGCGGCACUCCGCACCACACAAUACGACAUCGCUAUCGAUGCGCUGGUGGCGACCAGGGACGAAGAGGAGCUGCUUUGGCUGCUCAAGGAGAUCAAGUGGAAACUGGGGCCGGUGGCCGAUAUCGAGUACCGAACGAAGAUAGAGUCUGCGCUGACCUCGCUCCGCGCCCCGCCACCAGCCAAGCCGCACUGA